AUGACUGAAUCAGACAAUUUGUUCAUUAUAACAGGUGGCGGACCUGCAAAGCCUAAGCUUGAGGACAACCUGCUAUACAGAAAAAUCUUUGCUUUGAUAUCUACGACGGUAGUUGGACUGGUAAAUAAAUAUGACAAUGAUAACAUGAGCAAUAAUCAUGUUAUCAUUGAAGAGAUUCCUAGCAACACAUUGGCUUCCACUAAAGUUCCAGAUGUAACAGACAUAUUUGCUGCUGCUCCUAUAUAUUCCAUGUCCAUGCCUCUGUCAAUGGAUAUAGAUACAAGCGGACAAAAUGAUGAUAAAUCACAAGGAGAAAUAGCUGAUUGGGGAGACUACACUCCAAAACUGCUGCAAACUCCAAAAUCUGCACCUCUACGGGCAGUUAGUAAGAGAGAAUAG